CCCAUUCUUCCCGCGCUAACUACCAUGUUGCAGCCCCACGUCCUUUCCGCUUUCAUCGUUUUCCCCCGUAAAUCUCAACGGUCCCCUAGCCAUCCCUUUGACCCCUUCUUAUUCUUCUUCUUCUUCACCUCUUAUCUAUCGUCGCUGCGGAAUCCGUUGAACACCCGACUCCGCCAUGGAAGAUGAAUAGAAUAAUCUCCAGGUCGGCCUCAAGGUUCCGCCACUUCCGGCGACUCGCCACCGAGACCGAGGACCACCACCGGGCCCACCACAUUCUAUGGCGCUACCAAAUCCUCGACCCGGGCAGCGACAUCGUCACCCACUGGAAUCACAUCUUCCUCCUCACGUGUCUUCUCGCCCUCUUCAUCGAUCCUCUCUACUUUUACCUCCCAUCCGUCAGCGGCCCGGCUUGCUUGACCACCGAAACCGGCUUGGGAAUCCUCGUCACUCUCUUCCGUUCCGUCACCGAUCUUUUCUACUUGAUGCAUAUGAUCUUGAAGUUCCGGACGGCGUUUGUUGCCCCGACUUCUAGGGUUUUUGGGCGGGGCGAGCUGGUUAUGGAUGCGAGGGAAAUUGCCAUGCGUUACUUGAAGUCGGACUUCAUUGUCGAUCUCGCUGCAAUGCUUCCUAUACCACAGAUUGUCAUCUGGUUAGUGAUUCCAGCAACACGAAACUCCAGAGUUGAUCACGCUAACAACACUCUUUCCCUUUUUGUUCUUAUACAAUAUGUUCCUAGACUAUUUCUUAUCUUCCCCUUGAACCAGCGUAUUAUAAAAACCACUGGGGUUGUCGCCAAGACAGCUUGGGCAGGAGCUGCGUACAAUCUCCUUCUUUACGUACUAGCUAGUCAUGUAUUAGGAGCUGUCUGGUAUCUAUCAUCCAUAGGGCGACAGUUCAACUGCUGGAAAGUUGAGUGUGCAAAGGAGAAUGCCUUAGGAGUUCUGCCUUGCCUCCCUAGUUAUUUAGAUUGUAAUAGUUUGGGACGAGCUGAACGACAGUACUGGUUGAAUAUUACUAACGUUCUUGCCAAUUGUGAUGCGAAGAACAAAGAUAUCAGUUUCAAGUUUGGAAUGUUUGCUGAUGCUUUUACCAAUGAUGUUGCUUCCUCACGUUUUAUUGAGAAGUUUUUAUAUUGUCUUUGGUGGGGUUUAAGAAAUCUAAGUUCAUAUGGACAGACUUUGGAGACGACCACGUUUCUUGGGGAGACAUUAUUUUGCAUUUUUCUAUCCAUUCUCGGUUUAGUCUUAUUCUCGUUUUUUAUUGGCAACAUGCAGACAUAUUUGCAAUCAAAUACGAUAAGACUAGAAGAAUGGAGGAUUAAGAAAAGAGAUACAGAAGAGUGGAUGAGACAUCGCCAGUUACCUCCAGCUUUGCAAGAACGAGUUCUUCGGUUUGUUCAGUAUAAAUGGCUGGCCACAAGAGGAGUUAAUGAAGAAUCUAUCUUGCUUUCAUUACCCCUAGACCUCCGUCGUGAAAUUCAACGGCAUUUAUGUCUUGCCCUCGUUCGUCGUGUACCAUUCUUCUCACAAAUGGAUGACCAGCUUCUUGAUGCCAUAUGCGAACGCCUUAUCUCAUCCUUGAACACACAAGGCACCUACUUUGUUCGAGAGGGUGAUCCAGUAAAUGAGAUGCUGUUUAUCAUUAGAGGACAACUGGAGAGCUCCACAACUAAUGGAGGAAGAUUCGGGUUCUUCAAUUCCAUCACCCUCAGGCCGGGUGACUUCUGCGGUGAGGAAUUACUGACAUGGGCCUUAAUGCACAAUUCUAGCGUAAACCUUCCUUCUUCAACCCGGACCGUUAGAGCCCUUACUGAAGUUGAAGCUUUUGCCCUUCGAGCUGAGGACCUCAAAUUUGUUGCAAGUCAGUUCAAGCACCUUCACAGCAAGAAACUUCAGCAUGCAUUCAGGUACUAUUCCCAUCAAUGGAGGACAUGGGGUGCUUGCUUCAUACAAGCUGCUUGGAGAAGAUAUUGGAAGAAAAAGUUGGUAAAUUACUUGAAUAGGGAGGAGAGCCUCUACUAUAUGUCAGUCCCUGACCGAGAGAGCAACUUUGAUGAUGAUAUAGCAGAUAGGAGUUUUGAGGGUGAGAGAUCAUCUAGGAACAACGAAAACAAUGUCAAGCAUCUUGGUGCCACAAUCCUGGCAUCGAAGUUUGCUGCAAAUACAAGAAGAGGGGCUAACCAGAAAGAUCUCAUAGGUGAUCCUGCUUCUACCAGCUUAAAGAUGCCCCAGCUGUUUAAGCCAGAUGAACCUGAUUUCUCUGUAGACUGAGAGGAGGUUUAGUCAGUACCAGAACCCAUAAAAAAGUCGAGCAAAUGAGCCAACAACAAAAUGGUUAGAAAUUUUUUUGUUUUUUUAUGGACCUUGUGUAAGUUAUACCUGUAGAUUAGAAUGAACACUUUCUCAUUUCUUCAGA